UUCAUCACACACAGGUGGCGGCACACGUGCCUCAGAAAAGUCUGAGUCGGGUCUGGAGUGCGAGUCCGAGUUCGGAGCCCGCCACUAGAUCAAGACCGAGUCUAGAGCGCAUCGGGAGCUAGUUCGAGACUCGCCAUGGCGCUUCGGCGGUCGUCGUUCGCAGUGACGGCUGUGGUCCUAGUGCUGAUGGGGACCGUUACAGGUGACCACGUGACUCCGGUCCACAAAUGCUGGACGCCGCGGGGCACAGUCGGCAUGUGUCAGACGGUGAAGCAGUGCAGUCGGACCGCCAGCUUCACAUACGUGCUGCGCUCGAUACGAACGCGGCUCUGCUACUGGCGAAGCGGACAGCCCUUCAUCUGCUGCCCCGCACCCGCGAGCGCCACAACCUCCGGUAGAGAUUUCUGGCCGACCUUCUCCAGUGGCAGGCAGCCAGAACGACUGCCAACCGUCGCGCCCCUGCCGCCCCUGCCCGCUAGCCCGGAGCCGUCCGUGCCGGAGCAGGAGGGCGGGGAGGUACCCAUGAAGGAGACGAUGGACCAGAUGCCGACGGUGAAGCCAUUUCCGAUGGAGCGUGAGGAGCGUGUCACCAAGAGGCCGAGGGCGAGGACCACGCGCCCACCGAGUCAGAGUCACGUGGAUAACAUCUGCGGCCGAUCCGAUCCGGUGGUGGUGGCCGAUCCGUCUGCGGCUGACAUUCUGCGGCACCUCCACCCGGACGUCGACCCCUUGUUCUCCGUGGCCGGCGGCGCCUUUGGCAAGGAGGCUCGCGUCGCCGGGGGCUCCACCAGCGUCAGCGGCCGCUGGCCCUGGAUGGCCGUGAUCGGGAAGGCCAACGGCUCAGAUAUCACCUGGCUCUGCGGCGGCAGCAUAAUCGAUGAGUACCACGUCAUCACAGCGGCGCACUGCGUGCAAGGCAGGCCGAACGUGGUCCACUUCGGCGACUCCAACAUCGCGGCCGACUUCAACAGCGGCGACCAGUCGGAGCGGCGGCGCAUCGCCAAGAUCACGCUGCACCCGAGGUACCGGCCGCCGCGCGCCUACCACGACCUGGCCGUGGUGACGCUUCGCCGGGCGGUGCAGUUCUCGCGCCGGGUGAGGCCCAUCUGCCUGCCGCCGGCCGACCUGCGGCUCCGGCGCGGGCAGACGGCCAAGAUCACCGGCCACGGCUACAUGGAAUUCAACGGCGGCGAGCUGACGCCGCAGCUGCAGGAGGCGCAGAUCAAGCUGGUUCGCCGCAAGGUCUGCAACGCCUCGUACGCCCGGCUAGGCGAUGCGUUCUUCGACAAGUUCCCGAACGGCAUCCUCAGCCACGUGAUCUGCGCCGGCCAGGAGAAGGGUGGCGUCGACGCCUGCCAGGGCGACUCGGGCGGACCCCUGAUGCAGCACGACGACGUCAGCAACACCUACUACCAGAUCGGCGUCAUCGGCAGCGGCUUCGGCUGCGGCAACCCCGAGUUCCCAGGCCUCUACACCAGUAUCAAGCACCACCUCAACUUCAUCCGGGCCGUGACCAGGAGUCGAAGCAGCCGACUGUCUGACCUCACGGAGGCGAUCGUGCCGCGCCGGUAGCGCGCCGCUGGCCGGGACGCCAAGCUCGCCGGUCCGCCUGCCGCGGCAGAGAUCCGACCGGGCCACGGAUCCAUGCGGCAGAGAUCCGACCGAGCCAC